UUGAGAAUAAACCCCGCCGCCGGAACGAGCUCUCCAAAUUCCUCUAGUGAGUUUGGGUUAGAACGCGCUACACUUUUCGUCCGUGAGACACAAGUUAAGUCGUGGAGCCCACAGGACAACCAUGGAGAACUACAAGCAUUUCCUUGUUUUGUUGAUUUUUGCUUUUGCAAUCGGUUUCGUCUCCGUUGUACUGGUUCUCAGAUGGGUUUUACAUUUCAGAGAAGGGCUUGGAUGGGAUGGAGGACCGGCCGAAUUUAACUGGCAUCCUCUUCUGGUUGUUAUUGGUUUUAUUUUUCUUCAAGGAAUUGCAAUUGUUGUCUAUAGACUUCCCUGGACCUGGAAGUGUAGCAAGCUUAUGAUGAAGUUGAUUCAUGCAGGCCUGAACAUGCUGGCCUUCGUCCUGGCUGCUGUCUCUCUGGUAGCAGUGUUCGACUUCCAUAACGCUCAGAACAUCCCCAACAUGUACAGCCUGCACAGCUGGGUAGGCUUAGCCGCCAUCAUACUCUACUCGCUACAGGUCGUGUUGGGGGUCAGCGUCUACCUCCUGCCUGUGAGCCCUGUGUAUCUGCGUGCAGCCCUUAUGCCCAUUCAUGUCUACAGUGGCUUGUUCAUCUUUGGCUGUGUGAUCGCUACUGCUCUCAUGGGCAUUACUGAAAAGCUCUUAUUUGCCCUGAAAGAUCCAAAGUACAAAGACUCACCCCCCGAGGCCAUGUUCGUUAACAUCCUCGGGGUGCUGAUAGCUGUGUUCGGGGGCCUCAUCCUCUGGAUCGCCACGCGUCCCUCCUGGAGGAGGCCGAGCGAGGAGCACCUUCGCAGGGCGCAGAGCAGCGAGCCGCAGCUGACCGGCACCAAACCUGCCGCGGCCCUGUCGGAGAGGCCUGACCUGGAGGCCAGCAACGACGCUCGCAGGCGAGGUGCCAAGACGGAGGAGUCUGGAGGAGCAGUGUGAAGCAGAAGCCGCAGGAGCAGGUGUCUGCCUGCUGAGCGUUACUAUUUCAGAGCAAAUGAGAAAAAAAAAAAUCCCCAAACCUAAACCUAAGGAUGUUCUUGGAUGAAAGAGCUUUAUAUCAGGGCUGUUUUUACGCUGUUGUCAAAGUUUUGUGUGCCAUACUAUCAUAAGAUUGAUCUUUAAACUUGUUUUAAAGAGUUGAAAGGGAUGAUAACAGUAGCCAUUAUACAGCAUUUAUUCACAGGGAUGUCUCCAUCUGGGUUAUUGAAAAUUAUUUGCAUUUUCGUUGUAGGUGGUAGGACAGAGAUUGUUGUCACUGUUGUCUUUAUCAGUUCCAACUUCAGUUACUAAUUUCAGACCAAACUGAACACUAUUUGUAGUACAGUACAGUGAGCUGUACUCUUACCAAGUUAUCAUUUAACUCUCUUCUGUCAUUGCCUUUUAUUACAUUGCACUAAUAUAACAUCACUGUUUUGCAACAAGAUGUGCUGUAUUCAAUAACUGAAAAAGCAUACCUUUUACAAUAGCAAAUGAUCUCACAAGGUAGUUUUCUUUUGGUGUAUAAAAAUGUUUACAGCUUUGUUGGAUAGGCAGCUGUUAGACUGUUUUGUGGUAGUUUUGGGUCGCCUGAUCGCAUAUGUAAUGGUUUGCCCAGCAGCUGCCUUUGUGUUGGGGGCGAAAAAAGGUCUGGUGUUUGUUCAGUGCCGUGGUCGAUCCAUGUAUUCAGGUGCUAAAUUCUCCAUGUUCCUUACAGAGACGUGUAAACGUUCUCCAUCAGGCCUGAACGUUAGCUCGGCCUGUUGUAGCACGUCUCUGUGUGCGAGACACUGCAACAGAGGCUGCGGUCAGCAACCACGCCCAGUCUCAGACCCAGGUGGUAAACAUCUGCACUGACCACCAGACUGAAGUGCAAGCUCUUUGACGCAGUAGUCAGAACAUACAUGUGCCUUCCUGGGUGAUGAACUCCAUCACACUCUACCCUCUCCUUGAAGGGGUGACAUCCGUGAGACUCUCAUCAAAAUUAACACACAAGCGUAGUCAAUCAAGAUUGUUAGUAUUUUGGAGUACCGUUGGGCUAUUACCUUACAUGUUCCUUUCUGGUCAAGACCAAUUUUUGUUCUUUUUUUGCCAUUUUCAUCCUCAAAUCAUUCUGUAGAUAAUGAUUGCUAUAUUUUUAUAUUUACAACAUCAUCAAUAAACUAGUAUGCUGUA